AUGUCGAUAUUCGCGCAGGCCUUCCCGGUUGGUGGAGGCGCAGAAGCAGAAGAAGAAGAAGAAAGCUCGGUAUUCGGGGCCGCCCCCGUGCGCAUGCGUCUCAACAAGCCCGCCGCCAACCGCUUCAUCCUCGCACACAACAAGGUGCAGUUCGCGAAGCAGGCUGAGUCUGCGGCGCGGGCGAAGCUCAUCGCCGCCCAGCCCUUCGUCGGCGGCAAGCCCCUGAAACCAACAUUUGGAGAAGAAGAGGAGGAAGAAGAAGAACAAGGAUGGUGUGGUGAAGAAGAAGAUGAAGAAGAGGCGCCUGCGCCCAAGCCCAAGCCCAAGGCGAAGGCGGCGAGGGUGGCAGUGCGGCGGGGUCGGCUUUCAGCCCCGGCGGCCGCCGCCGUUCCGCCCGCGCCCCACCCCACUCCCAUCGCCCCCAAGCGAAUCGCCAAGCGUGCCAGUCUCGCCGCCGCUGCUGCGGUCGCCUCCCCUGUGGUGAAGCCGAAGCCAAAGAAGAAACAGCAGCAGCAGCAAACGGUGGUGUUCAUGGACGAAGAGGGGGCCGAGCACCAGUUUGAUGACUCCUCGAUGACGGUCGCCGUCGAGCCUCCCUCUCCGGCCAAACCCGCGAGCACCACCACCACGAAGAGGAAGACGGCCAAGGCCAAGGCCGCCGCUGCCGCCAAGCCGAAGCCCGCGCGACGGCGAGCUCCGCCCAAGCCCUUCGCCGACGUCCAGGAGGUCCUGCCACCGGCCGAUGACGCCGAUGAUGUCGACAGAGAGCUGGACGUAGGCGCUGGCGACACGAUGACGACCACCACCACCACCAAGACGACGACGACGAAGACGAAGACAGGGCCGCAGAAGCAAGUGCUGGUGCGACGGAGCCUGCGCAUUCUGAUGAAGGAGAACCCGCAGGUCAAGUCCCGCUUCGCCUCCCUCACACAGCCUCCCGCCAUGUGGACCGAGCACGGCCGGCGAGCGCGAGCGGAGAAGAGGGAAGGAGCAAACAAAGACAGCCGACACAAGAAACUCGAAGCUCUUCGUGCUGCAGCCCUUGCGCCCCAGCCGGUUCCACUGACGGUGCCGGGGCUACCAACGAAUUGGGUGUGCAACCUCAUCGUGCCCACUUUCCUCUGCCCGCCCUCGGCCAACGGCGGCGCUCCACCGACCCUCCGGCCGCCCGCACCUGGCGCCUCCACCCUCUUCGCCUCCCUCUUCAGCUGA